AUGGCGGACGCCGGGCUCUUAUCCGUUGAAGUUUUCGCCAUGCUCGGCGAUGCGGCAGGUCCUGUGAAAACGUCUCUCCAGACCUUGCUUCCAACUGAUGCUCUUGGGGCGAACGCCGCUGCACAGGAGCUAUCGCUGAUGCAGCUGGCAGCCGUGUGGCAUUCAUGUCAUGCGCUGCAAGGCCAGUUCGCCACGAGAAGAGCUCGAAUGGAGGAGGACCCAAAAAAGGUUCCCGAGAUGGCCCAAGAAGACCACGCGGAAUUCCGCUCCAGGUUCGUGACGGCUCACCCCGACGUGAUCCUCCUGGAUGCCACGGAGCCGCACGAGAAGUUCGUUGAGAAGCUCAGCAGAGAUUUCCUUGUUCACGGCAUGGUUCCAUUUUAUGCCGUGGCAGAGAUCCGCACCAGGGCAGAUAGCAUUGUUCAGGAGUCAGGUCUGUCAAAGAACGCUGAGGAUCUCUUGACGAUCUCCAAAGCCGAAGAACCUGAUCAGGUGACAGACGUGCAGACCCUGCUACAUCGAGUUCAUGUGCUGUUUGUGGCUCUGGAGUUUUUGAACAUUUGCACGUAUUCACGUGCUGCAGGGCCUUUGAAAUACAUGCAGGAGCUCGAGCAGUUCAAAGCAGAGUGCCCAGGUCUUCCUUAUCUCCUGGCAGCCGACUCGCUGGUCCGCAAGAAAGUGCACCGGCUCCAGGCUGAACAACGCGAGCUCUACAGCACUUUUGAAGCCGCGCUCUUGGAGGUCCUCAACAACCACAAGUACCUUUGGAACGAUGCUCGCACAAAGGCAGUCCUGGCGAAGGUUGAUCACAAGAAACCUGAACCACAUGAUCCCCAAGAUCGAGUGGUGGAGAGCCAGGACAAGCCUUCCACCCCAAGCCGCCGCCAGCGCAAGCGGCGCAACAAGAAGGGUGGUGCGGUCGACACCAAAGACAUCAAGCAGGUGAAGAAAGAUCAGUUCGAUAAGAAAAAGGACAAGGACUCCAAGAUCGACAAAGACAAGCGGAUCCCCGAGUCCGAAUGGAAGCUCAUCUCUCAGGCAGCCUCCUCGGUCUCAGGGCCCAAGCGGUGCCAUUAUUUCAACUCUUCAAUGGGCUGCGCUCUGGCAGAGAAAUGCCGGUUCAAACACCAUUGGAUGGUCUGCGGUGCUGCUCACCCGAUGGGGGGGGCGAAUGAAGAGCUUGCCGCUCGGACAGUCCUCUCUCGGCCGUUUUGGGGCUCAAUGGUAGUGCCGAUCGGGCCUGCAUUUUUGGAAGUUUUUGCUGGUGAAGCCGGGCUCUCGCAAGCAAUCAGCGCGCGCGGCAUGCAGAUCUUGCCACCCAUUGAGAUCAACACGAACCAGUUCGUACAAAUCUCUGCUGAUGGGGGUCCACCGCCCCUACGCAAUCGCAUGCAUUUGUGGGGGCUCCCUGGUCUUGCUCCACGCGACCAGGCCAAACUGCAGUUGGGCCAUGAGUUCAUGCACCUCACUGUGCAGUGGGUGCGAUUGCUCCACGCAAGUGGUCUCGGCUGGUCGGUUGAGAACCCUGCCAGCCCCUUUCUUUGGGAAAUGCCACCUAUGGUCGAGUUGGCGGCUCUGCCCACGGCCAAGAUGUUCAGGCUCGACAUGUGCCGGUUUGGCUCCCCCCACAAGAAGCCGACAGCGGUGCUCUCCAACGUCGACCUACGGGAACUGGCUCUGCUUUGCGAUCAAGCUGAACGGCCACAUUCUCAUGAGCCACUGGUCGGCACAGUGCUCUACGAGGGCCAGAAGGUCUUCAAGACGCGUUUAGCACAGGUAUACCCAUCCGCUCUGUGCAGCGCUUGGGCACAGGCGAUCGCCGCAACAGGCAUGGAUCCUUUGGCGGCUACAUUCCAGAUGGUCACCCCUGCUGCUGAGCGCAAACGCCCGGUGGGCCAAGAAGUUCCAUGGAAGAUUCACAAGCAAAGGAUCACAGCUGAAAAAGCCAACUCGGCGGGCUACCAACUGAAGCGAUCGGCAUUGCCGCCGAUCUUAGCCACCGAGAUGGAACCGGGUCAAGCAGUGCAGGCGGCUCAUGCACAAGUUCUCAAUUUGGUGUCAUCGCAGCCACAGUUCGUGCUUGGGCAUCGUGCAGGAGCUCUCCGGUUUUGGGAAGCUCGAGCUCACGAGCUGCUCCCCGUCACUGAUCAGUGGUUGCGACAGGUCAGUGAUCCUCACCUGCGGCGCCUUCUUCGCGGUCAACCGGACGGGCAGCCCUUAGUUUUGGGCCAAUGCACCCAUGUGGCGCUCUGGCAAGAAAUGCUGACUGCCGCUCGCUGCAUCGACACGCAGCUGCCGGCGGCAUUGCUCCACGGUUUUUCGAUCGUGGGUGCCAUUCAGCGCAGUCACAGGUGGCCUGCUCUUCCUGUUCAUGACGACGGGAUCUCCGUCCAUGAGUUGUCGGACAGGGCCUGGGAAUUUUUCAACAAGGUAGUCCGCAAUGUCAAGAAAUGUGAGGUCACGGAGAACACCGAAAAGAUCUGGGCAGCCACUAUGGAAGACGUUGAGGAAGGGGUCACAGUCGGCCCGAUGUUCUCCAGGGAUGAGGUCAGUGCAUUUUUGGGCACUGAGCAAUGGAUCCCCACACAGAGAUUUGAAGUGGUUCAAAAGAAUAAAGUUCGUGGUGUGGACAGCGCCACGGUCAAUGGCGUCAACAUGGCCACUACGAUCACAGAGAAGAUCGAGCUUCCAUCAACAGAUGUCAACGUGGCUGCUCUUCGUUGGUUGCGUUCUCAUGUCGACAAGGACGAGAAGAUCGAAGGUUGGGUCCUGGAUGAACGAAAGGCUUACCGCCAGAUCGGUGUCAAGCCGGAUCACAGAAGGUGGAGUGUGAUAUCGCUCCGUGAGCCUUCCACUGGUAAGGUCUCCCUCCUUCUUCGUCAUGAUCGGUCACUCCUUCGGUCGCUCAAAAAGUUCAUCUUUGGGUUGGGGGCGCAGUUCGACCCGAAGAAGUUGCAGCAGUGUCGCGACCCCACGAUCCUCGGUGUCACCUACGACCUCAACGAUAUGUUGCUGAAGAUCAAGCCGUCGCGCAAGUUGGAACUGGAAGAAGAGAUCUCUUCCAUCUUGGAAUGCCAGGUCUUUCCGCCGGGUCAGGCAGGGAAACUUCGCGGCAAGCUCAUGUUUGGCGCGUCACAGCUCUGGGGGAAGAUUGGGAGAGCUUUCCUGCGUUCGCUUUCUGAACCCCAAUACUCCAAGAUGAACCACACCAAGCUCAACAAGGCGCUGGUGAUCUCGCUGCAGCAAUGGUUGUGGUUGAUCAAGGAAGGACCUCCACGGCCCAUUGAGUUCGCCAAGCCAAGAACGCCGGACUUUGUGAUCUUCACUGACGGCAGCUUCCCAGAUGGUUCCAAGGGAUCCCCCACUUUACCGUGGAUCGGGGGCGUUCUUUUUCAGAAAGGUGCUCAGCCAUUGCAGUUUGGAGCGGCUGUCGAGUUCUCCCUCAUUGAGAAGUGGAUUCCGAGGAAGCCGCAGAUCGCGAUGGUGGAGCUCUUUGCUACGGUGGUCGCUCUGCGCACGUUUUCUGAGAGGCUGGCAGGAUCCUGGUCUUUGUUGUUAGUUGACUCUGAACCCGUACAGGGAGCUCUAGUGAAAGGAUACUCAGCCCGUGAAAAUUUGUGCGAGCUGGUAAGCGUAUUCUGGAACAUAGCUUUGGAGCUCAAGGUUCAGUUGUAUAUAGACCGAGUUCCGACAGAUGCCAACCCGGCCGAUCACCCGUCCAGAGAUCGGAUGCAGGUAGGCGCGAGAUUCGGUUGGAAGACGGUCGAUCCAAUUUUUCCUAGUUUGUGA